CAUGGCGUCCAGGCCCAAGCGCCGCGCGCUGGGCGGUGUGGCCCCCAGACCUCCGGGCGCCCCGGAGCCGCGCGAUGAGCACGAGGUGGACGAAGACGAAAUUGAGGACGCGACCGAGGACGACGAGGAUGAAGACAGCGACGAGGAGGAGGACGACGAGGUGGUGGACGAGGAAGUGAAUGUUGAUUUUGAAGCGUACGCCAUCUCGGCCAGCGAUUAUGACGGAAUUAAGAAGUUGCUGCAGCAGCUUUUCCUAAAGGCUCCUGUGAACACUGCAGAGCUAACAGAUCUCUUAAUUCAGCAGAACCACAUUGGGAGUGUGAUUAAGCAAACAAGUGUUUCAGAAGACAGUGAUGACGAGAUGGACGAAGACGAGAUUUUUGGCUUUAUCAGUCUCUUCAAUUUAACGGAGAGAAAGGGUACCCAGUGUGCGGAGCAGAUUAAAGAGUUGAUUCUGAGCUGCUGUGAGAAGAACUGUGGGAAGAGCAUGGUUGAGCAGCUGGAGAAGCUUUUAAAGGACACCACCAAGCCUGUGGGCUUCCUGCUGAGCGAGCGGUUCAUCAACGUGCCCCCGCAGGUCGCCCUGCCCAUGCACCAGCAGCUGCAAAAAGAAAUAGCAGAGGCACAGAAGACCAACAAGCCCUGUGGGAAGUGCCACUUCUACCUGCUGAUUAGCAAGACCUUUGUGGAAGCGGGAAAAAACUCCAAACAGAAGGGGAACAGCCAGGACAAAGAAGGGCUGAUGUUUGCAAACGCGGAGGAAGAAUUCUUCUACGAGAAGGCAGCCCUGAAGUUCAGCUACUCGGUGCAAGAGGAGAGCGACACGCGCCUGGGAGGCCGGUGGUCCUUUGACGACGUGCCGAUGAAGCCCUUGCGGACAGUGAUGCUGGUCCCCAGCGACAGGAUGGGUGCGGUCAUGGAGAAGCUGAGGGACUACCUGUCUGUCUGACCGUUUCCUGCUGGGUGGGGGGCUUGCAUUUGUGAAGUAACCGGAAGACUGAAGAUCUUACUGGAAAACUCAUGACUUUAUUCAGAUUAAGGUCCUCUACAAAAUGUAGGGUCUGUCACCCGUGUCUGUGACACAGUACAAAAUAUUUUCAUUUUGUUCGAAUUAUGAAUGUUUAAAAACUUUUCCAAUAAAAAGAAAAACAUGAAUAGUAAUUUAAAGAACUCAAUAAAAACUUCUAUUUCUUAUCUUU